AUGGGGCACACCGUCACAAAACUAAUGAUAACCACUGAACUGGAAAAGCUGAAGAGUGCUUUGGAAAACAAAAAUCUCCUAGAUCUUUCAAAAGAAAUUAAGGAAGAACUGGACUCACUAAACAGCAUCACCCUUGACAUUGCCAUCACAGGGGUAUCUGGAGCUGGUAAAUCAUCCUUUGUAAAUGCUCUGAGAGGCGUGAGUGAUUAUGAUGAUAGUGCAGCUAAGAUUGGUACCACAGAAACAACAAUGAAUCCAGAGAAAUAUAAACAUCCCAUAUUUCCCAACGUAGCCAUAUGGGAUCUACCAGGAAUUGGGACAACAGAAUUUAAAGCAAAUGAACAUCUGAAGAUGACCGAAUUUGCAAAGUAUGAUUUCUUCAUUAUUGUCACCGCAGAACGCUUUACAGAAAAUGAUGCCCUCCUAAGCAAUGAAAUUCAGAAAAUGGGAAAGAGGUGUUACUUGGUGCGCUCCAAAAUAGAUCUGAGUAUAAUGUCUGAAGAAAGGAAUCCAUACUACGUCGGUAAAGAAAAAUCCCUUGAGAAGAUUAGGGAAUAUUGCUGUGAAAAUCUGAGAAAAGCAGGGGUAUCUAACCCAAAGGUUUUUCUCCUUUCCAGCUGGAAGCCAAAUUUAUACGAUUUCCCCCUCUUGCAAGACACCUUAAAGAAUGAACAAGAUGACCUCAAGAGACUGGUUAUAAUUGAAUCCAUGCCAGUUUACUCAAGAGAAGCCCUAGAGAUUAAAAAGGCUGCUAUAGAGGAGAUUUUAUGGAAAGCAGCCCUUGUGUCUUGUGUUAUAGACGCCAUUACUAUCCCAGAUCUCUCUCUUGUUUGCGACUUUCCAUUCUUGGUGACAACAAUGGAAAAAUUCUACAAGAUUUUUGGUUUGGAUGAAAGGUCUCUUUAUAUACUUGCAAAACGGGUUGGCAAACCUAUUGAUGAAUUGAGAUUAGCUAUCAAGAAGUUGCCCACCAAAAUCACCAUAGAAUUUGUACAGGAUCAGGUGAAGAUUGAGUUAUCGAAAUCGUGGAUAAAGACCACAGUCGCAUAUGUUCUGGGCUUCAUACCAUUGUUGGGAUCUCUAGCUUCUUCUUUCGUAACCACCUACUUCAUAUUGAAAAAAAUUCUGAAUGAUGUUGUGGAAGAUGCUAAGAAUGUCCUGGCAAAAGCUAUAGAGCCAUAUGCCAAGCACAGUGCUGAGACCCCUGUGAUGAAUGACUGA